AACCCAUCAUUCAUAAUAACCAUCCUCCUCAUUCUCAAUUAAAACCAGUCAUAGUAUACUCAUUUGUUUGACUAAGCUGCCAAAAAAAUACUACAAUGGCUGCUUCAUCAAUGGCUCUCUCUUCAUCUUCUUCUUCAUUGGUCGGGAAGGCAAUCAAGCUUUCCCCAUCCACUCCGGACCUUGGGGUGGGAAGAAUCACAAUGAGGAAAACAGCCACCAAGAAGAAUGUUUCUUCAGGAAGUCCAUGGUACGGUCCAGACCGUGUCAAGUACUUAGGUCCAUUCUCAGGUGAAGCUCCAUCCUACCUCACUGGUGAAUUUCCCGGUGAUUAUGGUUGGGACACUGCUGGACUAUCAGCCGACCCAGAGACAUUUGCAAAAAACCGUGAACUUGAGGUUAUCCACAGUAGAUGGGCUAUGUUGGGAGCCUUGGGAUGUGUCUUCCCAGAGCUCUUGGCACGCAAUGGUGUCAAAUUCGGUGAGGCUGUGUGGUUCAAGGCAGGAUCCCAAAUAUUCAGUGAGGGUGGACUUGACUACUUGGGUAACCCAAGCCUAGUCCACGCACAAAGUAUCCUUGCUAUUUGGGCCGUCCAAGUUAUCUUAAUGGGAGCUGUUGAGGGUUACCGUAUUGCUGGCGGACCUCUUGGAGAAGUUGUCGACCCACUCUACCCCGGAGGGAGCUUCGACCCAUUGGGCCUCGCUGAAGACCCCGAGGCUUUUGCAGAGUUAAAGGUGAAAGAACUCAAAAAUGGUAGGUUAGCUAUGUUCUCUAUGUUUGGAUUCUUCGUUCAAGCUAUUGUAACCGGAAAAGGUCCUAUAGAGAAUCUUGCUGACCACCUUGCUGACCCAGUUAACAACAAUGCUUGGGCCUUCGCCACAAACUUUGCCCCAGGAAAGUGAGCUAAAAUUACACCAAAAAUGUGUUGAAUAUCAGAGAGUGUGAAUUUCUUAUUGUUAAUUAGUUUAGUUAAAUAUUUGGUGCAUUUAGGUCUUUCUUCAAUGAAUGUGAAUUAUGAUAUGAUGAUUAUGCAAAGCUAUAAGGCCUUUAUCAAAUCUAAUGAAACUCAAAAGUAUUGUAAUUAGUUCUUCCAAAA